CGUUGGUUCUUAAAGUACAAGACUGACAGAAGAAGACAGAAGUUGGCGCCAUCCCCAAUUUUCUCAACCUCCGUCUUUAAAAUUUUCAAAUCUCCCUCGAAAAUGCUUUAAGUUUCAAACUCGUGCCUUUCUUGAUUCUUACGAUUGGUAUGGUCUGCUCUGCUCUUUCAUCUCUCUAAUCCAAACUCCAAUUUCCUUUGUCCAGUUAAGAGGUUGAAGAACAUGCAUGCUUGCCAUUUCACUCUGUCUAAGUUUUUAAAUUUUGGAGCUGUAACUGUACAACGAUCAUUAAACCUCCGGUUUUCACUCAAGUGUUCUUCCCAAAAAGUUGACAUGGAAAGUACUGGGCAAAGUGAUGCAAGAGGUGCUCUUAUUGUUCUAGAAGGUUUGGAUCGAAGUGGGAAGACCUCACAGUCUGCAAGGCUUCUUUCACACUUGAAUAGUCUUGGGUAUCCUGUAGAAUCAUGGCGGUUUCCAGAUAGAGAUACUGCAGUGGGGAAAAUGAUUUCUUCUUAUCUUACCAAUCAAUCUCAGUUGGAUGACCACACAAUUCAUCUACUCUUCAGUGCAAAUCGUUGGGAGAAAAGAUCAUUGAUGGAGGCUAAGCUUAAAAGUGGGACUUCCCUCAUUGUUGAUCGGUAUUCUUAUUCAGGUGUGGCUUUCUCAUCUGCCAAAGGACUUGAUAUCGAAUGGUGUAAGGCUCCUGAGGUAGGACUGCUGGCACCUGAUCUGGUUAUGUACCUCAACAUACCUCCGGAAAAAGCUGCUGAAAGAGGUGGUUAUGGAGGCGAGAGAUAUGAGCAGCUGGAGUUUCAGAAGAAUGUUGGCAAGUAUUAUGAGAUGCUUAGUGAUCCAUCUUGGAAGAUAAUCGAUGCAUGCCUCCCUUUGGAAGAUGUUGAGAAACAGAUGACGGAGAUUGUUUUAGAUUGUGUAGUCUCUUGCCAAAAAGGGAAACCACUUACUCACCUCUGGUUGUCGUAGUAAUUUCAUUUAUGCCAUGGGAAAUGUGUGUUGAAUAAUCAUAUAUGACUAGUCGCUGCUACAUCAUUUAUCUUGUCUAAUUUCUUUCAAAUUAUGAGCUGUCAUGUUUUAAAUUUUAAAUGAUUCGAAAGUUAUCGGUUUCCA